AUGUUUGGAGAAAAUCCAAAAGAAUCAUAUAGUGUUGCAAGAAUCGUCAAUAAAAGGCACUUCUUGAGACUGAAAAAUUAUUUAGAUGAACCUAUGGUCAGAGCUUCUAUUGUCUAUGGUGGUUCAUUCGAUGAAGACAAUCUGUUCAUUGAGCCCACUAUCUUGGUGGAUCCUCCUCCCACGUCUGCAAUUAUGACAGAAGAAAUAUUUGGGCCAUUGCUUCCAGUAAUUACAUUGUCGAAAAUUGAAGAUAGUAUUCAAUUUAUCAAGUCAAGGCCUAAGGCUCUCACUAUUUAUGCCUUCACCAACAAUGAAACAUUCAAGAAAAGGGUGAUAUCUGAGACAUCUUCAGGAAGUGUGACAUUUAAUGACGCUGUAAUCCAGUAUGCAGCAGAUACUAUCCCAUUUGGAGGAACUGGUGAAAGUGGAUUUGGCAAGUACCAUGGAAAAUUCUCUUUUGAUAACUUCACCCAUGAAAAGGCAGUUCUAAGUAGAAGCUUCCUAACAGACUUUUGGUUCAGAUACCCUCCAUGGAAUGACCACAAGUUGCAGCUCUUUAAGUCAAUUUACAGAUUUGAUUAUCUUGGCAUUCUUCUCACCAUGUUGGGCUUCAACAAAUCUUAA